AUGUCUUAUAUUAACAAAAGUUUAAGUAAAAGUAUUAAUUCUCUUGUUCUUCAUUUUGAAUUUGUGAAAUGUAAAAAUUUAAAUGAUCAUACGAAAAAAGGAAAAUAUUAUUUAGUAAUAUCUUUUGAUCAAUUAAUGUUUUAUGAAAAGGAUUUUUAUGAAAUUCAAUUUAAAAUAUUUUUUUAUAAUAUCCAUCAAAUAUAUCAUUGUGAUAAGUCAAAUUAUAUUCAUAUAACUUUGAAAGAAGAUGCAUUAACUCAUGAUAUUGGUAUAAAAGGAAUGAACAAAAAUAUUUUAAUAAAGCAUUUGUGUAUUGGUUAUAGUACUUAUUAUAUGUUUAAAUCAAAUAAAAAUAUUUAUGUUCCCAUUACAAAAGAAACAUAUAAAGAAAGAUGUAAUAGAACAAAUGAAAAUUCUCAAAUAAAAAAAAUUGAUAAAUCUAUACAGCCAUUUAUAGGAUAUAAAAAAGUUAUAUAUGAUGAUUACUUUUUUUUUAUUCAUAAAUCAUUUCAAAAUGCUACUUCUAUUUCAAGUGGAAGUGGAUUUUAUGUUGAUUCUAGAGGUGUAGAAAUAAGUGUAAAAAUAGGAGAUCAAAAAAGCAUGAUAGAAUUAGACCAGACAACAGAUAGUAAUUUUUAUCAGUUAGCAAAAGAUCACCUUAACUUUUUAAUUCAAGAUGUAAAAAUUCCGUUAAUAAUAAGAAAAAAUUUUUAUUACAAAAAAAUGAAUCUAUCAGAUGAUAUUGCUAAAUGGGUAGGAUAUGAGAUUUAUUUAAAAAAUGAAACUCAUACAAUUGUCUGUAUUAUAUUUAGAAGAACAUUUAUUCCUCCUCUACUUGAUAGAAGACAAGAUAUAAUAUUUACUUUUAGAAUAUCUUACGAAAAUCAGCAAGAAUUUAAUGUAACUGAUAAAGAUUUAUAUGAUGAAGUAUAUAUUGUAGCUAAUUCAAUUACUCCUAAUGAUAUUCACAACACUUAUUAUGUUAAUUUAAUUCAAGCACAAAUAGAUGCAUUGUUAUAUAAUUCUGAGAUUUAUGAAUAUUUUGAAACACGGAUAAAAAUAAGACCGUCUUAUUUUGAAUACAUAAAAAUGUUUCUGAAAUCAGUUCUAAUAAUUUUAAAAGAAGGAGAUGUGAAAAUUAAUUCUGAUAUAAUUGAUUUUUUAGGAGAUGAUAUUAAAGUGGAAAGAAAUCUCGAAUAUUUACUAAAUAUUUUAUUAAAUCAAAUUCCUGGGAUAAAUUUAUUAGAUACACAUAAAAGGGAAAAGAUAAAAAUUAAUAGGAUUUUGCAUCGAUUAUCUUAUUAUUUAAUUUAUUGCUUAGAUGCAGGAUUAUUAUCUGAAAAGUAUAAUACAACAGAUUUUAUAAAUGGAAUUUUAAUCAUAAAUAAAGAUAAAAAAAAAGAUAUAGAUGAUAUAGUAAAUUUUUUUUUACAUUUAAGAGAAAAAGAUUUCACAAAAAAUUAUGAAACAAAUUGUUUAGACCUACUAAAAGAAGAUGAUAAAUCUGAAAUACAAUUAUCUAAAAAGUUAGACACAAAUAAUUAUUUAAUUAAUGAUUUUUUCUUAUUUUAUUUGCAUCAAUGUGGAUAUAUUAAUAAGGUUUUUUAUUAUAAAAAUGAUGACAAUUAUAAAAAAAUUAUUUCAUCUAUAUUGAAAUGUGGAAUUAAUUUUAAAAUAAAAAAAAAAAUUUGUAAAAAUUUAUUAACUUUUUCUAAUGAUUAUAAAAAUAGAUAUUUCCCAUUGGUUAAUUCUAUAGUUUCUUUUUUAAGUUAUAAUUGUGAUAAGAAAAAUUAUUGUAUGCUUAUAUUGAGUACAUUAAUAAAUAUAACAAAUAAUAAUAAUGUCAUAAAAGAUUAUUUAAUCAAAUUAAAUAUAAGUAAAAUAGCUAAUUUUCUAAUUUUAUCAAACGAUUUUGAUAUAACACAUAAAAUAAUAUUAUUAUAUAUAAAUUUAAGUAAGGACGCUCAUAUGUGUGAUGAUAUUAUAAAUAAUGGUUUAAUUAUUCAUUUAUUGGAUAUCCUUUUUAAUUUUUAUUAUAUUGAUUUAAAAUUAAAAAAAGAAAUAUGUAUCAAUAUAUUAUGUAUAAUUGGUCAAAUAUUUAAUUUCAAAAAACAUUACACCUUUAUAUUAAAUCAUUAUAUUGGUUUAACUGAAGUUGCUAUAUAUAUUUAUGAAACAACGGAUUUUAUUUAUUUCGAUAAAAUUAAAUUAAUUUAUUUUUUUAGACAAAUAUCUCAACAUAGUUAUAUGAUAAAAGAGCAAAUAUGCAAACAUUUAAUACCAUUAAUAAUGAAAGAAAUAUAUUUAUUUAUAAAAAAAGAUUUUAUAUAUUCUUCAUUAAAUUUAUUAAAUGUUAUUUGUGAUUAUAAAAUGAACUGUCUAUAUUUGCAAAAAAUUAAAAUUUUUAAUUUAUUUAAUUUUAUUAAAUCACUUAAAAUAAUAGAUUUAUAUAAAAAAGUUGUACUUAUUGAAAACAAAGUUAAAAAAAAUUUAAAAAUAAUUAUUUAA